AUGUAUUUUCAUUUUGCUUAUGCCGAUAAUAGACAAAAGCAAGCGGAAGAAUUACUUCAAACAUUUCCAACUUCAUUUUGGCUUGAAGAACACCAAUGGUUUGUUCAAUGUCAAUGGAGUCCAUCUUAUAGUCAAAGCUUUCUUUACACUUUACCUUAUGCUUUUAAGAGAUUCCAUUUCUAUAGUGAAUAUCGUUUCAUAUCAACUUGUCCGAAUGAAAAAGACUAUUGGAUAUACAAUCCUGUAAGUCUUCUUAAACACAAUGAUCCGAAAAUCUCGACCAAUCAAGAGUUAAUUCUACCUCAUUUACGGUUUCCAAAUGUUCGUCAUUUUGAAAUCAGUUUUUGCGUUGAAUGA